UCUUCCAAAUUGAAAGAAAAGUUCCACAAGUCACAGCACUGGGGUUUCUGCAAUAAUGUUGCUAUGCUGGUUGAUGAAAAUAAACCUGGAGUUGGAGGUAAACCACUACCUGGUCAAAAGCUGACACCUAAAUACAGUGUGUUUCCUGAAGGGAUGGGAAGUGAUGCUCCUGCUUGGGUAGCAUUUGACAAACAGGUAUUGUCUUUUGAUGCCUAUUUUGACGAAGAAGUGCCUGACAAAAACCAAGAGCUAUAUAGAAUCAGACACUGCAAAAUAUACUUCUACCUUGAAGAUGAUACAAUUCAAGUGGUUGAACCCCAAGUGAAAAAUAGUGGCAUACCUCAAGGAACUAUUGUUCGACGGCAUCGGAUUCCACUUCCACCUCCUUAUGAAGAUCAGUUCUAUACUAUAGAUCACUUCAAUAUUAACAUAGAAGUAACCUUUUAUGCCCGAAAAUAUAAGAUCACUGAUUGUGACCAGUUUACAGAAAAUUUCCUGAGGAAAAUGGGAGUUAGAUUAAAUCCUCCUGCAAGUCGUCCAGAUGAUCCGUAUACCCAAGAAAGGCAAAAGAUUCUGGAUAGUAUGACGCCAUUUCGCCCUUAUGAGCGCAUUGACACUUUGAAACAAUUUCUAGAGCAUGAUGGACAUGUUUUACGUUUUUUCUGUGUGUGGGAUGACCCAGAAUCCAUGUUUCGUGACCCACGAGAACUUGUUCUACACUAUUAUUUGUCUGAUGAUACUAUCGAUAUAAAAGAAGUUGUACCAGUAAACUCAGGCCGGGAUGCAGUUCCACUUUUCCUCAGAAGAGAUAAGCUUCCAAAGCAUGCUCCCGUCGGGCUGUAUCAGCCGGGUACAAUCACCGAUCGUACUGUUCUCAAUGUGCUGGGGAAUUUAAUAGGAAACAAAGGCCGUUACAUAGUGGACAAUCGUAAGACAGGAGCAGUGCAUCAGGAAUUUUACAAAGACAGUGACCUGAAAAUAGGGGCAGUAAUUAAUGUGUGGGGAAGGAAGAUAAUUCUCUGUGAUUGUGAUGAAUUCACUAAAGAAUAUUACAGGACAAAGUACGGAAUCA